AUGAUCGAUAAUGAAUUAGAUCAAUGUGAAGAAUCAAUAAUACAACGAAAAAGAAUAUCUUUAAUAACUUCAUUUGUUGCGUCAUUACAAAAAGAUGAACAAACUGAAAAAAAGAAAAAUGAACAAGAAAAAACUCGUAAGAAACUUACAGCAUCACUAGUUCGAUAUUAUAAUGAUCCAAUAUGUCUAUCAAGAAAUGAAGUAUUACAUGAAAUGCUCUUGCUUCUGGUUGCUGGUUUUGAAACAGGUGCAACUUCUCUAGCUUGCUUCAUUCAUUUGAUAAGUAACCAUCCUCAUGUACAACAGAAGAUUAAAUCCGAAUUGAUGAAUAACAAUGCUCAACGAGAUUUACCUAUAGAAAAACUUAAUUCACUAAUCUAUCUCGAUUGUGUUAUUAAAAAAGUAUUUCGUUAUUCUCCACCCUUUACUGGAACAUAUCGUAUAUUAACAACUGAUGAUUAUUUACCAACAAGUGGUAUUCAACUAUUCAAAGAUGAUCAAAUAUUUAUUCUAAUUUAUAAUCUUGCAGUUGACACUAAAUUAUGGUCAAUUGAUCCAAAUAAGUUCUAUUCAGAAAGAUUUUUAGAUCAAGGUCGACAACAUCAUCAUCCAUAUACAUGGAUUCCAUUUGGUACUGGUCAUUGA